UCCACAGUAAAAAGACCCUCCUUCUCACACACCGGAGUAUAUCUAAUCUAUAUAUAUCUAAGUAUAAAUUGAUUGAUUGACACCAUGCUGUCCAUGUUUCUGGAGUCCCUCGGCAUGGCGCUGUGCCUCGCCGGCUCUCUUCUGGUCAUGGUGGCUUGCGGCCUGCCCAUGUGGAAGGUCACGGCGUUCAUCGACUCCAACAUCGUGGUGGCGCAGACGAUCUGGGACGGACUCUGGAUGUCCUGCGUGGUCCAGAGCACCGGGCAGAUGCAGUGCAAGAUACACGACUCGAUGCUGUCUCUGUCUCAGGACCUUCAGACGGCUCGAGCGCUCACCGUCAUCGCGGCUGUUUUCGGGGUCUUGGCGUUAGCGGUGACGCUGGCCGGCGCUCAGUGUACCAACUGCAUCCAGGAGGAGGCGCUGAAGGGGCGCAUCGUUUUCACCGGGGGGGUCUUAUACAUCUUCAGCGGGCUCUUUGUUCUCGUGCCGCUCUGCUGGAUGGCCAACAACAUCAUCGUGGAUUUCCACAACCCUCAGAUUCCUCCGUCAAAAAAGAGGGAAAUCGGGGCGGCCAUUUAUAUCGGAUGGGCUUCCACGGCGUUAUUGUUGAUGGGGGGGGGGCUGCUGUGCUGCUCCUUCUCCCAGGGGGCGAGGGGAGGGUAUCCCAUAAAAUACACCCCCACCAAGAGCAUCACCUCCAACGGGGACAAGAAGCACUACGUUUGAGGAGGGGACUUUUGGAGCGGAAAUGAAGCUAAAACUGCAACUAAGACGUGUCUUGAAGUUUCCUACAUUUUUGUUUUUCCUGCAACGAGACGAUCAGAUGCAACAGGGAGUUUGACAAAGAAGAAUUAUGCACAAAAGAGACUUUUAGGAAGAAAAACGUAGGUCACAGGCUCCUCCAACAGAGCAACAUGUAUAUAGGACAUAGAACCAGGGCUGUUUCUAGCUUUUUGGGGGCCCUGUGCAAGAUGCUGUUUGGGGUCCCUCGUUUUUUAACUACAAUGGGGGGGUUCCGAGGUCUUUAAGAUGAUCUGUGGAGACGCAUCAAUCUGUUACACUUUAAGAGGAAAACAGGCUACUUUCACGAAAACCAAGCAAUUGAAACUUACAAAAAAUGAUAUUAAAAAGGUUAACAAUACCAUUACAUUACAUUACAUGUUGCUUGUUAGACGCUUUUAUCCAAAGCGACUUAUAUACUCAAUACUGUGGGCAAUCUCCACAGGAGCAAUUUGGGGUGAAAUGUCUCAGGGACACAACGACAUGCUGACUGCAGUGGGGUUUGAACCUGUGUCCCUCUGAUCCAAAGACCAAGGCUCUAUCCUCUACGUCAAUAAAUGCAAGAGAUGCAGCAUUUUCUCAACAAUAUAUAAUUUACAUUUUUCAUCUUCCUCACUCAUUGGCUGACAGCCCAACGAUGAUUUGGACUUUAUUACCCCAAAAACACAAGUCACCGCUUUGCUAACAUUGCAGUUGAGUUGUGUUUAUAUCCUACAUUUGAUUUUUAAAUAUAAUGCUUCACCAAACACAGGAGGGGGCUUGGCGGUCUACAUUAAAUACGUCUAACUUUAAUUCUCCCCAAAUAUAUUGAGGCUGAACCUGAACUCUCAGCUUGGGGGCCCCCUAGUGGCCGCGGGGGCAUCUGCAUAGUCCGCCUAUAGGAAGAAACGGCCCUGCAUAGAACAAUAAAACAGAUAAAAUAGUGCAAGAGUUUUUAACUUUAAGGAGACUUUUGGAGCGGAGGUGAAGCUAACGCGCCAGGGUUGAAGCUGAUAGAGAAGCUUCUUGUGUUGGUGUUUUUGAAAAGAUAUGCUUUGUAGAAAUCCACUUUUAUUUUUGGGGGGACUUCUUUGGAGCAUCUGGUCCAAUGGGGACAAACACUACGUCUGAGGAACUUUAGGGGGACUUUUGAGCGAGAUGAAGCUAAAACUGAGACGUUUCCUCCAGUUUCAAGGCUUUAGUGUCAUUUGCUCAGCAGCUACAGAGUAGAUAUGGCAAUUACAAUCUGAAGGCCCAGGCUCCUCCAACAGAGCGACAUGAAUAUAGGACAUCGAACAAUAACACAGAUAAAAUAGUGCAAGAGUUUUUAACUUUAGGGGGACUUUUGGAGCGGAGGUGAAGCUAACGGUUUCUGCUAAAACUGCAACUAAGAAGUAAUAAUAAUACAUUUCCUUUAUAUUAUAUAACACACUUUAAAAACAACGUCAUCUCAAGGAGAAAAUACAAUAAAAUAAAAAGUUAUCUGAGCUUAUACGAGCUGUAGCGCUGCCAAAACUUCUGUUAAAGUGUAUAACGGUUGUAGUGUCCGCAGAAACUGAAAAGGCUUUAAUCCCUCACAGGGUUGAAGCUGAUAGAGAAGCUUCUUGUUUGGGGGUUUUUCGACAAGAAAUGCUUCGUAGAAAUCCACUUUUAUUUUUUGGGGGACUUCUUUGAAGCCAACCUGGACCUUCGCUCAAUGUUUGAAAUGAUGUCUGGUGAAAAUGCGACUAAAUCUUUUCUUUUUAACUCAUUUUCAAAGUGAGGAAACUGGUGGAAACGAACCAGGUUGUUUUUGACAAGAAACUCAAAGGGAUAAAACUGCAACUACAAAUGUGUCCCGAGGUUAUUUCUCUAUAAUUCUUCUGUCCAGUAGUAACGCUGAUGUUUUCAGUCUGCUGUCCUGUCUUCAAUGGGGAGUGUGUGUUUUGUAUUUUGGCGACUUGUUUCGAGACACACAUCUGUUGUGAAAGUUUAAAAAUGAUGUUAAAUCUGCAGCUCGUUAAGACUUAACGAGCUCACUGAUGUACUCAGGAGUUCAUUAAUGCUUCAACACAACGACUGCAAUCAAUUAGUGGUUAACGAGAGGCUUAACGAGUUAACCUGUAAUCCAUGGAUCAUUGUGUGUGUGUGUGUGUGUGUGUGUGUGUGUGUGUGGUUAAUAGACCCCUCACCUCCCAGUGGACUCGUUUACUUCCUGGUUCCCACAGUGAACAGCAGGCGCUGAGAUGUUUUAAAUUCACAUUUGAAUACAUGUCCAGUGUUUCUACUUCCUGACCAAAGUAUUUUUAAUAAAACAUUCUUUUUUUAAUAAAUGAAAAACUCUAAA